UUUCCACCUAUUUCUCUGGAGACGCUCGUCAAAUCAGUGAAUUAAGUUGACAGAGAAGCCUGCUCGAGACAUUGGAGAAUUGGAGGACUAGGGAGCCGGACUUGGUUACUCUGCCUUUGAGCACAUCGAUAGUGUACAGUGCCUUCAUCAAAGCGGCAGGCACAGGGGUUUCUGCUGGUUGGUGCUGUUGGUGGGGCUGGACGCUUGUCACUUCUAAGAAAGGGGGAUAAAUAGCAGCUGAUUGCUGGCAUGAAGAAGCAGAGCAGUGGCUGUGGCGCUAAUGAACCUACCGAUAAGAGAGCUGGUGACAUGGCUACACCCACGUCAGUAUCUGGCCCAACAGGAUCAGGAGGGGAGCCACCUACUCCACAGGGUGCAACAAGUUCUGCGAAGACAGUGGAUAAGAAUCCUUUUUCCAUCACCCAGUUGAGUGGAGGGACUCCAAACCCUAUCCUGCCAUCUGCUGCCAGUGUCCAGCUCGCUCAGCUCCAAGCUCAGCUCACUCUGCAGCGAUUGAAAUUUGCUCAGUCAGCUGUGAACAAUAAUACAGCUGCUGCGACUGUCCUGAGUCAGGUCCUCAGCAACGUGGCAAUGUCCCAGCCUCUCUUUAACACAUUAAGGACUCCCUCACUGAUCAAUGCUACUCAUGGACAACCAGGAGCCGCACAGCUUGGGCCUGGUAUUUCAGGCCCCGGUAUGCCACCUAGUGGACUCCCUUAUCCUUCGCAAAACCCGGGAUUACCUCCUCUGGUGGCAGGAGGCAUCAACCAAGGUGCAAACUUACAACCUCAAAACACAGGCCCAAUUGGAUUGAAUCCUUUUGCGGGGAUAGUAUCGCAGCCAUCCGCACAUUCGACAGCAGUUUUGAAUUUGAACAAAGCUAUCUCAUCACACCCUCCUGGUGGAUUUUCAGAAUAUCCUGGAGACUUUUCCAAUAGGACCAAUAUCCCUAAUAACCACACGUACAUGCACGAUGAGGUGUUCUGCACCCAGGGAUUUCAGCAGUUUGGUUACGGUGGAGAUAUGUCCAAUGUACUUUCUGCUAAUCUUGCUUCAGGGAACCCGGUCAAAGGACAGCAUAUUUUGAACCAGCCACAUACUGGUUUUCAGCAAGAUUUCCAGAAUUCUCAAGGACAGCCGAUGUGUAGAAUGCAGGCACCGAGUUAUUCGGGAGAAAUGAACACUUGUGGCUUCCCACAGAAACCCGAGGGCUUUCAUCAUGUCAACCCAACUGGAAGUUCACAGAAUCAGGGAACAUGGGCAUCUGAUCAGUGGCAAAGUUCCUCACAGUUCUUGCAACCCAACAGGCCUGAGUUUUCAGCUCAGUCACACAAUAUGUGGUCAUCAAAAAAUCAACAGCUGCAGAUGAGAAAUGAACUCUAUAAUCCAGAGGAGCCAACAUCUGAAGGAAAGGUCAACAUUGGAUGCCCACCUCCUUUCAACAGGUUCAACAACAAUAACCAGAACUUCCCAGGCCCCCAGUUCAAUCCAAGUGACAAACAGUUACACAGCUCCUUUCACCUUCAUCUACCAGAAAGGCAAAUCCAACCUCAUGAACUUAAUGACUUCCAUGGCUUAGUACCAUCACAGCUGCCCCACAUCUGCUCAAUAUGUGACAAGAAAGUCUUUAACCUAAAGGAUUGGGAACAUCACGUGAAUGGAAAGCACCACAUCCAAAACUGUACUGUCUUCUCAGGAAAUUCAGGCACUGGGUCAACUAACUUUACAAGAUCAACAAAUGGAGGUGUCAACUCAUGUGGAGCCAGUAUGGUUUUGAAUCCUUCCGACCUUCCAUCAGAUAGCAAUCAAUCUCAAUUGAGGACGUUUUCCCAACCAAGUCUUGGAUUCUCUUCAAUACCUUCAGGGUCAAAGCUGUUUCCACAGAGGAAGUCUGGACCCAGCCGAGUUGUUCACAUCUGUAAUCUUCCUGAAGGAAGCUGCACUGAGAGUGACGUCAUUAAUCUUGGACUUCCAUUUGGAAAAGUCACCAACUACAUCCUCAUGAGGGCCACAAACCAGGCCUUUUUGGAGAUGGCAUAUCCAGAGGCAGCACAGGCAAUGGUGCAAUUCUAUCAACAGAAACCUCCUGCCAUUAAUGAGCAACAGCUACUGGUCCGCAUGUCCAAACAGUACAAGGAGCUCAAGUUGAAGAAACCAGGAAAGAACGUUGACUCAAUCAUCAAUGAUAUUAAUUCUCAAAAGGAGAGGGAGAUGCACAAAGACUGGGACAGAUUGGAAAGACCCAGGUCCCGCAGCCCCCUUACUCGGUCGUUCAGCCCAAGGGUGGAAUCUCAUAGCCCAAGCUUGACUUCCUGUGGUUCUUCCCAGCAUUCCUCACUGAGCCCCAGAAAGAGUAAUCUGAGCCCGAUGGCAAUCAACAGGGGAGAGCGGAAUAAUGGAAUGGAAAGAAAAGGAUCACAGGACUAUCAUUCUUAUAAAAGAAGAGAGGAGGAAAAAGAUGAAUCCGCCCUAAAGAAUUAUUGUGAACUGAAUCGAGAUGGAUCUGACAAGUGGGGCUAUGACAGAAAACAAUAUUUAAAAUCAAGUGGACGAUCUAGCCCAAAGACUUUGGAGGACAGAGGAGAUGGAUACCAAGGACAUAAAGAUAAAUAUGCAAAAUCCAGCCUGCAAAAUCUAAUUCCAUCCCAGUCCAAGUACAAGAUCCGAAAUGAAGAGGAUUAUAAGAAAGAGCAAAAGCUUAAAUCAAUGAAGAGUCAACACAAAAGGAAAGAUAGUGAGGUCCAUCAGCGAUCAAGACGGAGAAGAACUUCAGGCAGCCAAGAUCAGACUGAGGACAUGGGACAAUCUGACCGUCUGACACCUCCAACGCAGACAGACAGGAUCCACACAGCUCUUGAAGAGGCUGAAACGAGUGAGCAGAAAGAUGGAACAUCUGAUAGUGAGGUUAGUGAAGAAGAUGGUCAGUGUUCUAGGAAACAAUCAUCAUCACCUCACAGCAGCAGAGGAUCACCAGGACCAGAGCUAGAAAGAAACACAAAGGAGCAGAGCGCAUCUUGGGAAAGUGGUAGUGAAGCUGAAGGAGAAGCAUGGUAUUCUGGCAGCAUGGAAGAGUUUGUGACCGUGGAUGAGGUGGGAGAAGUGGAAGAGCAUGUGAUGGAAAUACAACUAGAGACACCUGAGAACAAGGAGAAUGACUGUAUUCAAUCUGAACAGGACAGAGAAAUGGAGACAAGUAAUGAAGACAUAGUAACAAAAGAGACAAUUCCUAACUGUGAACAUCCCAGUGACAAUCAUCGUAGCACUUCACCCGAGGAGCUAACACUAAUGAGUCCGACUCCAUCACCAGGCAGUGACCGAUUCAGAGUGGAAUCUAUGAGUCGUUCUGAAAUAACAUCUAAUUCGAUGAAUGAGAUUGAACAGAACCUGAGAACUAAUGUUAACCAACCUGAAAGUCCUGUGAAUUGUAAAAAUUGUGAAAUGAACAAAGUUUUGAGUGACAGUGAAUCCACUGGACAUUUGGAUACAGAGAACCAGAGUACACCUAAUACGUCUUCUGAAACUGAUGAGAAGUUCCAACAAGAACAUUUUUCAGAGGAAGUGCUAGAAACUCAGAGAACUGACCAACCAGUGCCAAGCUUCAGUAGAAGUUCAGAAGCAGAUGAACUCAAGAAAGAGUCUUCAGAAACAUUUAGUAAAGAAAACUCAAGACAGCCACUACCAGAAUCAGCUGGAAACAAUCAACAACUACCAAAUGUACAACAACCUCAGUUACCAUGGGAGCAGGACAAUGUCUUCUGCAACCUUAGUAUCCCUUUGGGUGUUGAGUUUGUGGAAGCGAGAACAGGAUUUUACUGCAAGCUGUGUGGUCUUUUUUACAUUACUGAGGAAGCAGCAAAGGCCAGUCACUGCCGGAGUACUGUACAUUAUAAGAAUCUGCAGAAGUACCUGUCGCAGCUAGCUGAAGAAAGCCUGAAGGAAGGUGAAAAAGUCAGAAGUCCUGGAACAGAGGAAGAAGUUGGGAUCAUGCCACAGUUUGAAAGUAAAAAAUCUAAUCCAUCCUGAAACAUCCAGUUAAGAUUAAGCUUCAGAGUCUCCAAUAUCAAAGAACCAAUGGAACCAAAACCUAAUUCUUAAGGAUUAUGUUCCAGGAUGUGAUGCAUAAGUACCAUGCCAGGCCAAGGAAGGACUGACAGAAAGAGAGAAUGAGAGAGAGAGAGAGAGAGAAAGGGGAGCCUUUCAAUUGAUGCGGUACUUUAGAAAGACAUCUAUAUCCUUACUUUUCAUUGACCAGGCAAAUUAUAUUCAGGGAGUUUCUCGUUUUUAAUUGUCACUGCAACAUGAUUAAAUGUAUUGGUUUGAUGAAAGAAUUUUACUUGGACCAUUUCAUAUGGGUAAUUAAUUUAUGUCUCAAUAACAUGUUGCUUGAUUCAGGAGCAGUUAAUUCAAAUUAGUUUUUUUCCAAUUCUGUAUAAUUUAUUAGAAGCACUAAUUAGAAAACAUAAUUAUUUAGAAAGUCAUAUCUGGAAAACAGAUAUGAAUUUAAUAAAAAUUUUAUUUAAAGAUU